AUGAGUUCGCGACCACACAAGCAGUCUAUGUCGGAGCUCAAGAUCCGACGACUGAUGGAGCACAACCAGCGUUUAAGAGAAGAUCUUGCGCGGCCGCGUGUGCGGGUAAGCGAAGCCAGCGCCAGUUUGAUCCAAUACUGCAAGACAACAAAGGAUCAUCUUGUGCCAUCUGUGUGGGGCCCGGUAGGGCGAGGGGAGGACCCGUAUGCACCGCCGGCACAAGGCUGUCAGUGCGUGGUCAUGUAG